AUGGUCGCUUCUUCGCGCGUCGACGACGGCGCCAUAUUUGCAGUGGCAACUGAGCAGAGGGCUGGGAGGUGGGGAGGCAGUAAUUCAGGUCUUGACUGUUGUGAUAUACCAAUGGCGACAGACAGCGUUGUACUGCUGGCAGACAUUCUGGCCAAGACCGGUGUACAGGAGGGAGAGUUGAGUUACAAAGGCCAGGGAAGAAAGCUGGAUGAUGCCAGCUCAGUGGAGGAGAUGGUGAAAGAGAUCCAGGACUUCAGUGGUUUACAGGCUCUCAGGCUGGAGGGAAACACCAUCGGUGUGGAUGCAGCACAAGCCAUCGCCAAGGCUCUCGAGAAUAAGAGUGAAUUAAAGUGCUGCUAUUGGAGUGACAUGUUUACUGGUCGCCUACGCUCAGAGAUCCCACCUGCCUUGAAUUCUCUGGGUGAUGCUCUGAUGCUGGCAGGUGCCAGGCUGACGGUGUUAGACCUCAGCGACAACGCUUUCGGACCGGAUGGGGUGAAGGGCAUCGAGCGGCUGCUGAAAAGCAAGUCCUGCUUCACCUUGCAGGAGCUGCGGCUCAACAACUGCGGCAUGGGCAUCGGAGGGGGCAAGAUCCUAGCUGCUUCUUUGACCCAGUGUCAUAAAAAGUCCAGUGCAGAGGGCACCCCCCUCAGUCUGAAGGUGUUUGUCGCUGGGCGGAACCGUCUGGAAAAUGAUGGAGCAACUGCCCUCGCUCAUGCCUUCCAGCUGAUGGGCAGCCUUGAGGAGGUUCACAUGCCCCAGAAUGGCAUCAAUCAUCCAGGUGUGACCGCGCUGGCCGUAGCCAUGCAGCACAACCCAGGACUCCGAAUUCUCAACCUCAAUGACAACACUUUUACCGAGAAGGGGGCUAUCGCCAUGGCGCAGGCACUGAAACACCUGCGCAGCAUCCAGGUGAUCAACUUCGGAGACUGUCUGGUACGACCAGCGGGGGCUAAAGCCAUAGCAGAAAGUGUGUCAGAGGGGCUGCCCAUCCUUAAGGAACUCAAUCUGUCAUAUGGUGAGAUUACUGAGGAAGUUGCUCUGGCCGUGGCCGAGGCUGUAAAGAACAAAGACCAGCUGGAGAAGCUGGACCUUAAUGGUAACUGCCUGGGAGAGAGUGGCUGCAAAGCUCUGAAAGACGCCAUGGAAAGCAUGAACAUGGCUGACCUUCUCGGAACAUUAAGUGAUGAUGACGGUGAGCUGGAUGAUGAUGAAGAGGACGAAGACGACGAUGAUGACGACGACGAAGAGGAUGAAGACGACGUGGAUGGGGAGGAAGUAGAAGAAGAAGAGGAGGAAGAGGAGGAGGAAGAAGAUGAGAGCAGUAGCAACAAGGUGUCCACUCCUACGUCAGCCCCCCGACCACCGGACGUCUCCUCCUUCCUCAGCUUUCCUUCCCCAGACAAACUGCUCAAGCUGGGUGCCAAGAGAACGUUGCUGGUCCAGGAGCAGGUGGACGUGACGGAUGCUGCAAAAACAGCAGAGGCUUUCCUUAAGAUUGCAUCAGUGUAUAAGGAGGAUAACAAUGAUGUUAAGAAUGCAGUGUUGGACACUAUUGAUGCUCUUCUCAACAAAGCCUUCACCAGUCCUUCCUUCCAAGGCUACAAUUUCGUAUCGUCUUUGUUGGUCCUGCUCGGACUUAUCAAGAGUGAGGAUAAGGUCAAACCCGUGCUUGUGGUCCCUGGCCACCUCCACGCGUUGGAGCACAUUGUUCGCCAGGACUACUUCCCCAAAGAGAACGUGGCCGUGCUCGAGGCUUUUAUGUCCCGGAACACCAAGGUGCUGGAGUCUUGUGGAAAUGCCAAAAACAGCCUCCAGUCCACACUGCAGAGAGUCCAGUCCCAGAGCUGAGGCGUCUGCUCGCACACAGACUGAACUAUGAUCACUGACGGACCUGUGGAAAGCACAUGGACCCGAAAUUUGAAAUGAGUUUUUAAACCUCUGUUUGGACUUGACUUGAAUGGCCCCCACAUGUACACUUGUAUAAAAACCCACAGGACAGCACUGACAGGUUGAAGCUUUGCCCUCCACAUAACCUCAACUCUCCUGGUUAGUGACCCCUCGUCGACUGAAUCACAGAUGACACGUUGGCGCAAAAUAGAAAAGCUCUGACUGGGAGUGAUCUUAACUGAGAAGGAUCAGCUUUUGUGUGCGCUCCGUUCCAUAUCUACCUUUACUAUUCACUUGUUUUAUAUUGAAUGUGUUGAAUUUACAAGUAAUGGCCAAAUGAUGAUGUAAUUAAAAUUUCUAUAGGCCAAAAUGUGCUUUGGAAAUUGAAAUUGAAAUAAAUAAUAAGGGAUUGAAUAAACAGAUGUAUUUUCCACCUUUUUAUGGUACAGGCUGUUUUUUU